ACAAAGUAGCUUAUUUUUGUCCACUUUUAUCUUAGCGCAUUCCCAGAUUACAGAAGAGAACAACGGCCUCAGCUCAGCGAUGAAUUAUACGCACUACACACGUUGCAUUCUACUAAUACAAACCCAGCGAGAGGAAGUCUGGGUUCUUGCUGCUGCUGCCUCCUGAGGACACUCUAUUCUCUUCUGAAGAGCAGCAGGCAUGACUGACACCAUGGAGAGGAAGAACCAGAGUGGGAGAGUGAGUGAGUCUGUGUUGCUGGGCUUCCCAGCUCCUGUGCCACUGCGGGCACUAUUAUUUGCCCUUCCUCUGCUGGCCCAUGUGUUGGUGCUGACUGAGAACACACUCAUCAUUAUGGCAAUCAGGAACCACCCCAGCCUCCACAAACCCAUGUACUUCUUUCUGGCCAACAUGUCCUUCCUGGAGAUUUGGUACGUUACCAUCACUAUUCCCAAGAUGCUAGCUGGCUUUGUUGGCUUCAAACAGGGCCAUGGGCAGCUAAUCUCCUUUGAGGGCUGCAUGACGCAGCUCUACUUUUUCCUGGGCCUGGGAUGCACUGAGUGUGUCCUCCUUGCAGUUAUGGCUUAUGAUUGUUAUGUGGCCAUCUGCCGUCCUCUCCACUACCCUGUCAUUGUCAGUGGCCGGCUGUGUGUGCAGCUGGUAGCUGGCUCCUGGGCUGGAGGUUUUGGCAUCUCCAUGGUAAAAGUUUUUCUCAUUUCUCACCUCUCGUACUGUGGCCCCAACAACAUCAACCACUUUUUCUGUGAUGUCUCCCCAUUGCUCAACCUUUCAUGCACUGACACGUCCACAGCAGAGCUUACAGACUUUGUCCUGGCCAUUUUCAUACUGCUGAGGCCACUCUCUGUCACCAGGGCCUCCUAUAUGGCCAUCACCAGUGCUGUGAUGUGCAUUCCCUCAGCUUCUGGGCUCCAUAAAGCCUUUUCCACCUGUGCCUCUCACCUUGUUGUGGUCAUCUUCUAUGCAGUCAGUAUCUUCAUCUAUGCCCGCCCAAAGGCAAUCUCAGCUUGUGACACCAACAAGCUGGUGCCUGUACUCUACGCUGUCAUUGUACCACUGCUCAACCCUAUCAUUUACUGCUUGCACAACCAAGAGGUAAAGAGAGCCUUACGCCGUACUCUGCGCCUAUACCAGGGCCGUGAUGCUAAGCCUGGGAAAGCUAGCAGAGUUGGGUAGAAGGGAGGUGUUAAAUCUUAGAUAAUGCUCUUAAACUUAGGAUCUAUGUCUUCUAUAAAGUCCAGAGGAGCUCUUAGAGCCUAAAUUAGGGACUAGAGUUUCAAAGGUUCCACCAAAGAACUAGUUUAGGAGGAAGAGAGGUGGAUUACAAGCUAGAAAUUGGAUUUCUUCCAGACAAGGUCUUAACAUACAGGCUAGGAGUUGAUCCCAUGUUGUCUGCUCUGUUGUAAUUUACGUAGAGCAGGUUCAUGACUCAUGCAUCCUGGUGGGGUGGAAAGGGAUGACUAUGAGCACAA